UUCUUAAUCUAUUAGUGGAUUAAGUGUGAAUACUGGCCUUAGGAUAUAAUUCCAAAACAAGGAGCAAGUGUCAAUCAAGAAGAAGAAAAAAUUCACUUACAAAAACAUAAGAAAAACAUCAAUUAUUAACCAGAAGUAAUCCCUAUCGGUAAUGGGUUUCACCAAGUGCACAAAUUCGCUCUUCUUUUUGAUCAUACUAUGUUUUCUUUUUUCAGAUGUUGGUGCUGCCACAAACACCAUCACCUCAUCUCAGUUCAUCAAGGACCCUGAAACUAUAACCUCCAGAGGUGGUAACUUCACCUUGGGGUUCUUCACCCCUCAGAAUUCUACAAACCGCUACGUUGGAAUUUGGUGGCAGCCCAAAUUCACUGUCAUAUGGGUGGCUAACAGAAACCAACCCCUGAGAGAUUCUUCUGGAGUUGUUACCAUUUCUGAAGAUGGCAAUCUUGUGGUAUUGAAUGGGCAGAAACAGGUUAUUUGGUCAUCAAAUGUGUCCAAUAUUGGAUCCAACUCUAGUUCCAAACUCUUAGAUUCUGGGAAUCUUGUACUACUUGAAAGCACAACAGAAACCAACAUAUGGGAGAGUUUCCAACAUCCUUCCAAUGCAAUGUUACCCAAUAUGAAGCUUACAACUAGCAAAGUUACAGGUGAGAAAGUAAAACUAACUUCAUGGAAAAGCCCUUUUGAUCCAUCCAUUGGGAGCUUCUCUUUAAGUGUUGAACGCCUUAGUAUACCUGAAGUGUUCAUUUGGAAUGAAACUCGCCCAUUCUGGCGCACUGGUCCGUGGAAUCGUAAGGCCUUUACAGGGCUUCCCUACAUGACAUCAUUUUAUCUUACUGGGGUACAGAUUGCAGAUGAUGGGCAAGCAAAUGUUGAAUUCUUUUUUACAAAAAUAGAAGAGGUGGGCUUGUUAAUCUAUGUUCUGAAUUCAACAGGCAAUUGUGAAGAGAGAUGGUGGAAUGAAGAGAAGAUGGAUUGGGCAGUAACAUGGAAUAGUCAUCAAUUUGAGUGUGACGUUUAUGGUGUGUGUGGUCCUUUUGCGAUCUGUAAUUCACAGAGCUCACCAAUAUGUAGCUGUUUGAAAGGGUUUGAGCCAAGGAACAGAGAGGAAUGGAAUAGACAGAACUGGACUAGUGGAUGUGUUAGGAGCACAAGUUUGCAGUGUGUAAGAGUCAACAGCCAGAACACAAGUGCAGAUAAUAAAGCAGAUGGCUUUUUGAAACUGUCAAUGGUCAAAGUUCCAGAUUUUGCAGAUGGGUCAUCUCUCAGUCUUCAACCAGACACUUGCAGAAGCCGAUGCUUGGAGAAUUGUUCUUGUGUAGCAUAUUCAUAUGAUGCUGAUAUUGGUUGCAUGUCUUGGACUGGAAAUCUAAUUGAUAUACAACAAUUCUCAAACGGUGGACUUGAUCUUUAUGUUCGUGUAGCCUACACUGAACUUGAUAAGAAAAGAAACAGGACAAUCAUCAUUACUAUUAUUACAGUGACAACAGGAAUUGCCUUAAUUGUCCUUUGUGCGUACAUCAUUUGGAGAAGGAUUCCUAAUCACCAGGUAAGUGGGAUCCUCAAAGGAUUCCUCCAAUUUAAUGGAGGAGGUGGAGCACCGGCAGAAUAUUCAAGUGACAAUGUAUUUGGAGAUCUGUCACAAGUCAAACUCCAGGAGCUAUUAAUACUUAAUUUUGGAAAGCUUGUAACUUCCACAAACAACUUUCAUCCAUCUAACAAACUUGGAGAGGGUGGUUUUGGUCCAGUAUACAAGGGUAAAUUGCCAGAUGGUCAGGAAAUUGCUGUUAAAAGACUUUCUAAGACAUCUGGACAGGGUCUAGAAGAAUUCAUGAAUGAAGUGGUGGUCAUUUCCAAGCUUCAACACCGCAAUCUUGUAAGACUUCUUGGCUGUUGCACUACAGGGGAGGAAAAGAUGUUGAUUUAUGAGUACAUGCCAAAUAAAAGCUUGGACGCAUACAUCUUUGAUCCAUCAAAAACUAAAGUCCUUGAUUGGAGAAAACGCUUUAGCAUUAUAGAGGGAGUGGCUCGAGGAAUGCUUUAUCUUCAUAGAGAUUCCAGGCUAAAAAUCAUCCACAGGGACUUGAAGGCAAGUAAUAUCUUGUUAGAUGUGGAUCUAAAUCCAAAAAUAUCAGACUUUGGUAUGGCAAGAAUCUUUGGUGGGAAUGAGGAUCGGGCUAAUACCAGAAGAGUUGUUGGAACAUAUGGUUAUAUGUCUCCAGAAUAUGCGAUGCAAGGACAAUUUUCUGAAAAAUCAGAUGUCUUUAGCUUUGGAGUUUUGCUAUUGGAGAUUGUUAGUGGAAGACGGAAUUCUAGCUUUUAUGAUGAAGAGAAUUCUCUUACUCUUUUAGGAUUUGCCUGGAUUCAGUGGACAGAACACAAUAUUUCAUCUCUAAUAGAUGAAGGAAUAUAUGAUCCUAGUCUUCAUAAAUAUAUUUUUAGGUGCAUACACAUAGGACUUCUAUGUGUACAAGAAUUUGCUGCAGAUAGGCCCUCUAUGGCUGCUGUAAUUUCAAUGCUUAACAGUGAGAUUCUGGAUCUUCCUCCACCAACGAAACCUGCAUUCACUCUGAGACAAAAUAUGUUAAGUUCAAUGUCCUUUGUAAGAAGCAAUGGCCUGAACUCCCUUAACUCUGUCAGCAUUUCGGACAUCCAAGGCAGAUAGAAAACCAAGUGCUCAAGAAAUGGAGAUUAUGUUAAUACUACAAAAGGUUGCUGAAAAUUAGACCAUUGUAGGUGUUACCUUUGUUUUCUUUUUUUGGUCCAAAGGUAUACGUUGGAAGGGCUAUUUAGAGAGAACUUUGAAGUCUUUUAAGUUCCACUGAUCGGAAAAAGUUAGUGGAAAAAGUUCAGUAUUAUGAUGAAAGCAUAUAAGGAUUUAAGAUCCAUUGUUUGGAUAAAAAAUAAUAUAGAAAGGAAGGGAAUGGAAGGAGUUGGAACUUGUACAAUCUGAUUCCAUCAUUUCUUAUGUAUUGUAUAAUCCCUUAUUCAGUUUCUAUAACCAAGUUAUAAGAACGACAACUCUGUUUACAUUUAUUCA